AUGAGGACCUCGGCCGGUAUCACCUCGGCCACGACGAUGCCCAAGUUACCUGCUGGGUUGACUGCCAUCAGGCCAUGGCUCAUUGAGCUGGAGGCAGGGGGCGCAUUUGCACUAACAAUGCACGUGAACCCUGAGCCGUCAAUUGCUCACGUUAAUGUUCCCGGUGUAGAUGACCUGACCACUAUUGAUGCUGCUUCGGUUCCGGUCUAUGCAGAAUGGGAGGUGUCGGACGAUGUGCCGAAUCACUCAUGUUCGGGUUCUUCACACAGUAUCUUGUUCCACGCUCCCAUCAUGAAGUCCCUUCUCGCCCGAUUACCGGACAAGACACUUCCCAAUAUGAGUGAAUAUGGGGCUGAACACAUAGCUGACAGGACAUCCCUCAUAUCACUUGUGAAUUCGUGA